UCCCGUGCGGUGUCAUUCCUGAACACGCAGUCAGGUGUCGCGUGUCUUUUGCGUUACCGGCGACGUCCAUGAUUUUCCCACGUCCACGUAGCGUUGUUUUUUUUAUCUCCCAUUUUAUCACUGGGAGAGCUGAGCUGCUGGAUGAAAUGUUUUGAGAGAAAACUGACGUCGUGUAGGCGUGGUGUGUGCCAGCGUGCAGAGAGAAGCCCACCGCAGAACCGUUAAUCCAGUCCGGACACCACGUUUUAGUGGAAUUUAGCCUACAUUGGGCCAAACUUUACCAUCCGCUGCUAUUUAUAAAGGGAUUCAUUCAUAGCAGACUAUUUGAGAGGAUAAGUUUGUAACUCGCCUGCUCGAUGGAAAAAAGAGAACGCCCAGCACAGCAUCUCAAAUCGAGGUGAGAGUGCGCUUUAUAAACCGACGCCGAGGCACCGCUGCCAUAGUGAAUGAGAACCAGCAACGUUUAACCAGACCGACAAGAAUACCUCUCACUUGAUGACUGACACCAUUUAAGACAGACGGGUAUCUUCAGCCAGUGAUGUAGACAAGGAUGAUGAAGUUACAUAGGGAAGGCUGUGUGGGGAGGAAGAGCAUCGCCUGAUUCUCCUCCACUUCCUCAUCCCCUCUGAGUCGUGUCCUCUGAUUGGGUGGGCGGAGCACAAUGUCAUCGACCACACCCACCUCAGCCCCGCCUUCCAAGAAGACGCGUGGGAAGGAGAGGACGGAGGCCAUGGGCGACUUGCCGCAGACAGCCAAUGAGGAGCUGAGGAGCAAGCUGAUGGAUUUCCAGAUAGAACUGCAGCAGGAGAAGGGCAAGGUCUCUAAGCUGAGAGAGCGUCUCCAGGAGCAGAGGCAAGCCAGGGAACUAGAACAACACAAACACACGGUGGUCCUCACCGACCUCCGCGCCAAACUGCACGAGGAGAAGCUCCGCGAGCUGGCCGCCGCCCGCGAGUCGUUGGCACGGCAACACGAGUUGGAGCUAUCACGUACCAUUAAGAUCCGCGACGGGGAGGUGCAGCGGCUCCAGGGGCUGGUCCAUGCGCUAAGGGACGGGGCGGCUGACAAGCUGAAGAGCGCCCUGCUAGGAGAGGCCCGUGAGGAGGCCAGGAGGGCCUUCGAUGGGGAGAGACUCAAACUUCAGCAGGAGGUCAUGAAGCAGGAGACGGCACGGAAGCACGUUGAGGAGGCUCUGGCUAACGCACUGCAGGCAGACAAGGCCAAAGCAGCCGACCUCCGAACAGCCUACCAGCAGCACCAGGAUGAGAUCAACCGCAUCAAGAGAGACUGCGAGAGAGACAUCCGAAGGGUGAUGGAUGAGCUGAAGGGGAAGGACCGCGUGGUGUCUGCGUUGGAGAGGGAGCUGGGGUUGCAGGCAGGUUAUGCUCAGAAGCUCCAGCUGCAGAAGGAGGCUCUGGACGAGCAGCUGGGCCAAGUCAGGGAGGCAGAGAGGCACCACGGCAGUCCCAAGAGAGAGGUGGUCCCUACCCUGGGGGAAACCCAGGACUAUAUCAACAACCAGGAGGUGGAAGAUCUUCGGGAUGCGAGGAGGUUCCAGCUGAAGAUAGCUGAGCUCCACUCUGUUACCAGGAAGCUGGAGGACAGGAACGCACUGCUGGCAGAUGAGAGGAACGAACUGUUGAAGAGGGUGCGUGAGGCAGAGAGUCAGAUGAAGCCCCUGUUAGAUAAGUAUAAGAGGAUGUCGAAGAAGAACGAUGACCUCCUGCAGACUCUGCAGCGCAUGGAGGAGAAACUCAAGAACCUCAGCAGAGAGAACGCAGAGAUGAAGGAGAAGGCGCACUCUCGUUCCCAGCAGCCCCAGCAGCUGAAGAGGCCUACCUCCCUGACAGACCUAAGCCAUGCCCACGAGGAACAGGAAGUGGAGUUCCUCAAGCUGCAGGUUGCCGAGCAACGAGGCAUCAUCGACGAACUCACGCAGGAACGUGACAGACUGAUGCUCUGCAAAAAUAACCGAAGAAAAACCCUCAAACUACCACCAAAAAGGCAUGUUGUGGAGACGUAUUUUGGAUUUGACGAGGAAUCUGUGGACUCUGAAACGUCCUCUCUGACCUCUUACAUCACUGACCUCACGGACCGUACCCCCGCUACACCCGAGGAGGACCUGGAAGACGGUGUAUCUCGUGAAGAGGCAGAACUGAGGUUCAGACAGCUGACCAGAGAGUACCAAGCUCUCCAGCGGGCCUACGCCCUCCUGCAGGAACAGGCUGGGGGGUCGCACGAUGCUGAGAGAGAAGCCAGGAACCGUGAGCAGUUGCAGGCGGAUCUAAUAGGCUGCAAGGCAAAGAUUGGCGACCUGGAGAAGGCAUUAGCCGAGAGGGGGCAGGACUCUAAGUGGGUGGAGGAGAAGCAGUACCUCAUCAGGGCCAAUCAGGAACUCCACGACAAGAUGUGUGUGUUACAGCAGGCUGAGUCGAAGCUGCAGGCAGAGGUGCAGGACUCGAGGGACCAGAAUGAGCUGCUGGAAUUCAGAGUGCUUGAGCUGGAAGAGAGGGAACGCAGGUCUCCUGCCAUGGGCUUCCACAUGACCACCUUCCCAGAGAACUCCGACAGCGCUCUGCAGAUAUUCUGUCAUCAGGAGGGCAUCAAGGAUGUGGUUAUUCCAGAUCUGAUGAAGAAGCUGGAUAUCCUGGGAGAUAAUGGGAACUUGCGUAAUGAGGAGCAGGUUGUCGUCAUUCAGGCGAGGACGGUUCUCUCAAUGUGUGAGAAGUGGUUAAAGCAGAUAGACAGCACAGAGGCAGCCCUGACCCAGAAGAUGAUUGACCUGGAGAAUGAGAAGGACCUGUUCAGUAAGCAGAAGGGCUUCCUGGAGGAGGAGCUGGACUACAGGAAGCAGGCCCUGGAUCAGGCCUACAUGAGGAUCGCGGAGCUGGAGGCUACGCUGUAUAACGCUCUGCAGCAGGAGCCCGGGGGGCGUGCGGUGGCAGAGUCUCUGUCCGACAGGCAGAGGGAGGAGCUGGGGCUAGCCGUGGACAAACUGCGGAGGCAGAUACUCAGGCAGAGCCGCCAGUAUGACAGUCAGAUCUUACAGGAGCGCAUGGAGCUCCUACAGCAGGCCCAGCAGAGAAUAAGGCAGUUGGAAGACAUGAUUGAGAUGCAAAAGAGACAAGUAAAGGAAAUAGAAGAAAAGUUUUUGUUCCUCUUUUUGUUUUUCUCUCUAGCUUUUAUUCUUUGGCCUUAAUGACACUGACAUGGACCGACAACAGGUGCUAAGGCGCUCAGGUGGAGAGUGAGGAAGAGAAACACAACAUAUUUGUUUUUUUGUCAUGCAUUUAUAGAUGGUUCACAAACCUUAUAUGGCCUUUUUGAUACACGUGCACUUUUGUGGAAGACACUUACCUGGAAUGCAAAACAAAACCAUGACUUUGAAAAGUGAACAAAUAUCAGAGACAUGUAAAAGAGGUAUAUCAGAGAUUUUCUUUUUAUAACGGAAAUGUCCCCUACCAUUUUUGGAAGUGGAACAUUUAGCCAAACUCUAACGUGAGUUUUAAAAAGCAAAAACAUUGUAACUGGAACUCUGAAGCAGGUCAAUAAAGGAACAGAGGAACUGAGAUGGAGACAGUGCCUCAGAUGGAUUUAGAGCCAGACAACGAAAGAGUGCAAUCGUAGUGGAGGAAGGAGAAAGAGUUGAUUUAAAAAAGCAGGACGAUAUCCAAACAGACAUUCCCAGAAAGCUCAGUGCAGGAGGGUCUCCAUGGAAACAGCUGGCGAAACGGCUGUCAUGGCCAAAGUUCAAUGAGCAAGAAGUGAAAGCUCUGUACUCCGGAGUCGAGCGACACCAGAGGACGACGGGGACAGAAUGUGUCACCGGUCUGUGAAACACAAAGAAUCCUCGAUAGAGCCUUCUACAGAAGGUGGAGGACCUCAGCACACUCAGUCCUCCACUGUCCCAGCAUGCAGCGACUGGACGAGCGGCUCCACGUACUCAGGGAGGAGGUGCGCGUCAUGGUGAGUAGAGACUGUACUGAGCUUUAUAUUAGCUUCAAUGAGACUUACAGAGUGAGAAGUACUCAAAUAUACAUGUCCUGUAAGCUGUACUGUAAAUUGUAGUAUACGCCUGUAUUUAUUGUGUAAGUGUAUUGUGAGUGUGGUUUAAAUCUAGCAUUUCUCAGGUGUAGUGCUAUUGUGACUGUAGUCUCCCUCUCUUUUGCAUUAUAUGAGAUGUGCAUGACAUUACUCAGAUGUGAGGAGUAACUGUGUCAUAGUUCUAUCAUGACCGGUCCUUCCCAGUACCAGGAGAAGGAGCAUAGGAAUUGUGUGUGUGGAGGGAGAGGCUACAGUGCUGCCAGGCCCAGCUCCGGGCUAAAGAGGAGGAGAUGGGUUGCCAGUCUCAGUACUUUGAGCACUUUAAGAGCCAGCUGCAGCUCAAGUUCGGCCUGGCCAGAGAUGAGGAGCAGGGCCUGCAGACCAGAGUCCACCAGCUGUAGAGACAUGUUCUGGAGAUGUCUGUAUCUUCAUCCACCAACAUAGCCACUGUCAACGCAGCUAGCUUCAACUACCCUGUCAUGGUGCCAACGGUACACAGAGUCCCAAAGACUGGCCCACCCAAGGGCGAAAAGAGAGGAGGAGGAUGGGGAGCGUGAGGAGGAAAAUACACAGUGGAGACGCUACGGACAGCACCUCCAGCAGAAUCAGGGAGAGGAUGAAAUAGAAAUAGAGGAAGAAAGAGAGGGGGAGAGAGAGCGUGAGGACAGACGGAGCGGCUUCUUCCUCAGCCUCCAGGAGGACCACAGCUGUUGGAGAAGGAGGAGCAGGGGCUGGAGGAGCGGAGGGGGCUGUUGGAACAGCUGCAGGAUGCGCAGCAGAAUGGCCACUUCCUGUCGUGUAAGGUGGAGGAAAUGAGGACGGUGGUCCACAGGCUCAAGCUGAAUGAGAGCUCCAUGACGGUGGAGGAACUGCAAGAGGAGAACCAGAGACAGUAAGAGGCUCAGCCACACCCUGAGACAGAUCAACCACAGCCCGGGCUCUACUGACCCCCGUCUCUACCCCCAGCCCGAGCUCUGGUGCCAGCCCAGGGACUCCAGCCCCAGCCUGGCUACCGCCCUGCCAAACACCCCUGCCCUGGCUCAACCAGUCCCCUGCCACGUGGACAACACUGACCCAGUGAGUGAUGACAUUGAAGCUAAUGUGGAGUUGACUCUUAAUCAGUAGUAGAUCUUAAGUCUAAAUUGUUGAAGAGUUCGGCCUCAAGAAUGUAAAUGAGUACAAUUACAAGCAAAUUGUACAAUGGAUUAUAAUGUGGGAUUGUCAUGGGUUUAGCUGCACAGUGGAAUGUUGAUCUGAUUAACUACAGAGGAACUAAAGAGUGUGGCUGGCUUGUGUGUUUGAGACUGGGAGCCUGGGGGACUGGUGUCUUGGUCCUGGGGGCUUCCCCUCUCUCAACCUGAGAGAGGAGACUGAAGCACUGAGAGAGGCUGACUGGAGCAUGGGGGCGACGUGGACUCACUCCGGGACCACAGGGACCAGCUGGAGAGCAUGCUCUGACACACACAGGACCAGCUGCACAGGGUGACCGAGGAGAAGGCCUGACUGAAAUGUAAACUCAGGGAGCAGGGAGAAACGGGGGGCCUGUGAGGCGGAACGGGGGUGCCAGCUAGGAGGGAAAAGCAUGACAGGAAAUGCCCAGGAAAACAGGGUGCCAAUUCAUAACCUAAUUCCCCAGGUUAGCAGAAAGCGUACCACAACUCCAACCCAGAAUAAUACUACCCUAGUCUUAGCCGAUAAUGACCGAACCCUGUAUGCCUUAGCCCUGGAUGACCUAGCUCUAACUUUGAACCAGGAGAACCAAGGCAUAGGGCAGGCGUAUCAAGGAGCCCCUGCCCCACAUAGAGAGCCGGGAUAGUAAGGAUAGUGAGAGGAAGCUAGAGAGGGAGAGCUGGAGCAGGAGAACCAGGAGCAGGGAGGUCUUAUAACCGAGCUAACCAGGAAGACCGAGGAUGACCUCAACACUAUCAUGGAGCUGCAGCAGAGACUGACUGAGAGCGGUCAGCUUGGUCUACAACAGGGUGACCAUGGUUUGAGUCAGAGUGUGGUCAAAAGGGUGAGCAUGCGGACGGGUCAGUGUUCGCUCAACAGGGUCAACCCUCGGUAGGGUUUGUGACCAGUCUACAAGGUGAUCACACGCCAGGGUCGGUGAAUAGUGGUGAACUACAGGUUGACCACACGACCGAGUCAGUUAGGGAUCAAUAGGACAGCCAUUUGACCACAGAGUUAGUGUCCAUGCUGAGAGAGGAGAGGGGCGAGCGAAUUGGGUCUCAGUGAUCUCAAAGGGGAAAGGGAACAGGUUUCCCCUCUCACUCAGGUGUCAGACAGGGAAACACCGGCUAACGCGCUCCGUGUGGGUUCUGGAAGAAGAACGCGACCGGGUCAAUCAGGAACUCUGCGGUUUAAAAGAAGAGCAAGUACAGUUUACAAGGUCUGAAAGAUAAGAGACAAGGUGGUAUGGUCAAUGUGUGGUUUAAAAGAGGAGAGUGACCAGCUAGUUCCGUCAAGGUCUGGACCAGGAGGAGAAAGACCAGCUAGUUCAGUCAAUGUCUGUUUUCUACAAGGAGAGACCAGCUAGUUCCGUCCAAUGUCUGGUUUCUACAAGGAGAGAGACCUUCUAGUUCAAUCCAAUGUCUGGUUUCCAGGAGGAGAGAGACGAGCUCUCGCAGUCUCUCUUCAGUCAAGAAGAUGAGAGACCAACCUAACGAGUCACUCCACAAUCUAGAAGAGGAGCGAGACCAGUUGAUGCAAUCCAUGUGGGGUUUAAAGGGACAGAGAGACUAGCUAACACAGACACUCAGCCUUCUGGAGCAGGAGAGAGACAAACUGCCUUCAAACAGAAGACAGAGACCCGGUCAACCAGUUUAAAGAAGAGCGAGAGCAGUUGGUUCAGUCAAUGGCUGUUCUGUGCGAACAGAGAGAGCAUCUCACAGCCGAGAGAGAGACCAGUUGCAGAUGGACAUUGCUCCUUUACGGAAUCAGCUACUGUCACAGGGGCGGAGUCACGACCAGCGGGUACUCUGAGAACCACGUUGGCGUGGCAACACACAUAGAGGGUGUGGCUACAGAGAGCGGGGUCGCUGCGCCAAAAUACGGAUGAUGACGUCGUUCAGAGAAGUCUGGCCACGGUCUACUCCUACAAGACCAUCCGCCUGGGGCAGUCUGCACAGGGAACACUUGGAAGAGGUGACAGGUGGAGCAGAAUGAACUGAUGGAUGAGAUCUAGUCGUUGGGGGCAGAACACAGAAGGUCACGAGACGAACUGGAGAAGAACCAAUCGGAGGAUCUCCCUUCCAAGACCAGACACCAGGUUUACUCCAGUCCCCCACCAGGUCAGGGAAACUAUCCAGGUUACCCCAAACCUUGCUGCCCUCAACCGACCCAAGCAUACCCCCAUAACAGCUACCACUUCUACUACUACUACUACUGCCCCCGCUCGGACUGUUAAAGCACGAAGUACCACUACCUCGUUGAAAACUGUCCCUCCAACAAUUACCCUUAAAACUACAGCCCUCACUAAAGCUGCCCCCUCCACCUCUGCUCUGCCCCCCACUGAGAGGACAUGACUGCCUGAUGAGGACCAUUGUGUCAAGAAGCUCCUCUCCAACUGUCAACCUGAACAAGCUAAAGCAAACAAACCCAGAGCUGAGCCGGAACCUCCAGCUGAGGUGGGCUCUGUUGAGGUCAUCGGGAUGGUGGGACAGAGCAGCCUCAUGAUUGGCUGGAUGAGCUGGGCUGCAGCAACGGAACCUUUAUCGAGGAACUCCCUCCCUAUAUAUAUAUAUAUAUAUAUAGACUAUAUACACUGGACUCCGCCCACACACCGAAACAGUGGCUCCACCCAACCAAUUUUCAGCCGCACUGUCCAGUUGAAACCUUUCUCACCAGAUUCAGAAGCUCAAACGGUAAUGCUACAGUCCUCUGGUGGACAGCCCUAACCUCCACCCUAGAAGAGCUGGCCCAGAGAGAGGGAGAUACUGUCACGUUGCUAGGCAACCCCCGCAACGACGGCUUCUGUGAGGCCGAGGUGAAUGGCAGACUAGGUCUGGCUCCUGUUGCCUUCCUAGAGGAAGUUCUUGAUCCAGACAGACAUGUAAGCCCCGAAGCAACAGAUGAUAGACCACUGUGACUGCCAAUCAGAGAGAGCGCAAGAUGAUAGGCCACUGUGACUGCCAAUCAGAGAGAGGACAAGAUGAUGAGCCACUGUGACUGCCAAUCAAAUGAUGCUUCCCUACAGAGAGAUUAUAGUGGCCAACAUUAAUGACGUCAUCAAACGCUGCCUGCCCGUGACAAAAACAUUCAUAAGUGCUCACAGCCUAAAGUAAUCUGAAAUGGAAAGCUACACUAAAGCAGUAGCUGAAAUGGAAAGCUACACUAAAGCAGUAGCUGAAAUGGAAAGCUACACUAAAGCAGUAGCUGAAAUGGAAAGCUACACUAAAGCAGUAGCUGAAAUGGAAAGCUACACUAAAGCAGUAGCUGAAAUGGAAAGCUACACUAAAGCAGUAGCUGAAAUGGAAAGCUACACUAAAGCAGUAGCUGAAAUGGAAAGCUACACUAAAGCAGUAGCUGAAAUGUGGGUGUGUUUGUGUGUAUGGCCCAGUUUGACAUUGUGCUUCUCUAAGCGGAUGCUUUUAACCUGCAUCCUGCUCAUUGAGAUCGUGUCGAAACACCUCUGUUCUUCAAAAUCCCCCGCUUUUCUGUGUCUAAUCUCUCGUGGACAGACACACUUAACUGGUAUCCUAGUGCCUGUCAGCAGGCUGUGGGAUGCGACGACUAAUGAGGAACUUUGAUUCCGGUGCACAGAUUUUUCGUCGCUGAUUAUUUUGGACAAAUCACGAUUUUACCGCCUUCCAUUUUUGGAAGAGGACGGGAUAUUUGGACCAUGGACUUGCCUGUAAAUUGCAACUGGAGAGGAGUUAACGGCCUGCGGCCCCUCCGCGUUCUAGUGUUUUUCUAACACAUCUGCCCCCAGAACAUAAUCAAGCGUCUGACACAAUUACACAAGAUUUUAGUUUUGGGUUUCCGAGAUUAUUCUGUAUGUGACAAGUGUCAAAAACAAAGGUGGGCCUGAAUGAUGUGACAACCUGUCUGUCUUGACAGCCUGUCUAACAAUCUGUCCGAAAGCCUCUCUAACAUGUUGGUGAUAUCAAGUGAUAAUGUUUUACGUGAUGGUAAAACAAAGUCGUUUUCACAAGGCCGUUUUACUUGAUCUUUAGACAUCGAGCCAAAUAUGAAAACAAAGCUCCAUCCCAAAGACUUUGAUAUUUCUGUUCCUCGUCGUGACGUUUACAGAAAACGUUUUUUGUUUUUUUUGUCGAUCCAAGUCAAAUCAUGAAGUCAAUUGUCUGAGCUGUUCUUCCACUGUAGAAUCGACCCAAUCUAUGAAGUCAUGCCAUUCAGAUUGAUGGACGUUUGUGACUGAUAUAUUUUGUAGAGAUGAUUAAAUAACCUGAGGUAUGCAAAGGCUGA